UACACUGGCGACCGUUCCGCGGUAUUACCGACUCACCGAGCGGACUCACGCACACAUGAGAUAGAUGGAAUUAUAACAAUGGACUAUCGCUGCGUUCUCUUUACUGUUUUGUUGCAGUUCAUCGUCCAACCAGGCAGGUCCAGGCCCACCAUCACCCCGGACGGACCCCAGCUAACAGUUCCGCUGAACGGAAAGUUCAUUUUGCAUUGCCAGAGUAACAGUUCGGUGCGCUGGCUGCGAGAAGAUCGUCCAACGCGGACCAUAAAGGAGGAACAAAGGGAGGGCCUGAUCACAAUUCUUAAAGUGCCCAAAGCAGGCCCGCAACACAUGGGCAAAUAUUCCUGUCGGGAAGAGUCUGGUGAAAAGAGCUCCAUCUAUGUGUAUGUUAAAGCAUUCCUCUCAGCAGAUCCUGAAAAUCCCUUCAGGAGGGGCAUCGUGUUCGACAUUGUUGCAGGAGAAGGAGAGACUGUCACGAUCCCGUGCUUGGCGACAGACCCUAACAUGCAAGACCUGCACUUGGAGAAAUGCGACGGGCAACCCUUGCCUGACAGAUUGCGAUAUUCGUCCAGUACCGAGACGGGUGUGGCGCUAAAUAACGUUAGGAAGGAUUUCGAGGGAUGCUACGUCUGUGUCGGGACUCUGCAGGGAGCCACUGUUAAAUCUGGGGGAUAUCAACUCAACGUCCGGCUCGUUCCAGACGCACUCCCUCCGAUCGCACUGGGGCAGCCUCAAAGAGUUCUGCUCACCCAGGGGGAAAAACUUUCCCUAUCCUGCUCCACCUCAAAUGUCAACAGCGACAUCACGAUCAAGUGGAAGGCUCCACAUGGAGUGCAACCGUCAGUGCAGCAGACAUCCCGUCUCCUGACUGAGCCCAUUUCUCACGUGCGGACGGCCACCCUAAACCUGCCCUUCGUCACAAUAAGGGACACUGGGAAUUACAGCUGUGAGGCCAUGAAUGAGAAAGGGACCAGCGUAAAGUUAGUCUCGGUCAAUAUCUAUGGUAAAGGCUUCAUUAACCUAACAAGUGUUGAGAACAGCACAAAAAGAGUUCAAGCUGGAGAAAGUCUGUCCCUGCGGGUGGUAAUGGACGCCUACCCAAAACCUCAUUCAUUUUCUUGGAGCUACAGUGGUCUAAGACUGACCAACACUACAGAUCAUGUGAUCACCAGCCGGUCACAUGGGAACAGUUACACCAGCGAGCUGAAGCUUGUCCGUCUCAAGGUGUCAGAAAGUGGCGUGUACACCUUCACAUGCUCAAACCGAGACAUUACUAUCCAUCAAAGAUUCGAGGUCCACGUUAUAAGUAAACCUCAGAUUGUGUCCCAUGACGGGCCGAUUGAUGGACAGGUGCGUUGUGUGGCUGAGGGUUACCCCACCCCGCAGAUCAAAUGGUAUUACUGCGACCAGCCCCAUUUAAGGUGCUCUAAUUUGCUGAAUGCUACUCAAGAGGAGGAAGAUGUCGUCACUGUAACCAUGACAAAUCCCCCAUAUGGGAAAGGCGCAGUGGAGAGUCGUCUAAACAUCACCAAGAACAAUUACCCCACCCUUGAAUGUGUUGCAUCUGCCAACGGAGAAAUUGUUUACACUCUAUUCUCUAUCAGCGAAAGCACCAUUCCUCACGAGCUCUUCACACCCCUGCUUAUCGGAUUCGUUGCCGCAGCAGUUAUCCUUCUUCUCAUCCUUAUUGUGCUAUCUUACAAGUACAUGCAGAAACCCAAAUACCAAAUACAAUGGAAAGUCAUAGAGGGUAUCCAUGGAAACAACUACGUGUACAUUGACCCUACUCAGCUUCCAUAUGACCACCUAUGGGAGUUUCCCAGAGAUAAGCUGAGAUUUGGAAAAACUCUUGGAUCUGGAGCGUUUGGGAAGGUGGUGGAAGCCACUGCUUAUGGAAUGUCUAAAGCGGAUUCUGUGAUGACUGUAGCUGUGAAGAUGUUAAAACCAAGUGCCCAUGCCACUGAAAAAGAGGCUUUGAUGUCAGAGCUGAAGGUGCUUAGUUAUCUUGGCAACCAUAUUAACAUUGUGAAUCUGCUUGGCGCCUGCACUAUAGGAGGUCCAACUCUAGUUAUAACUGAAUACUGCUGUUUUGGUGACCUGUUGAACUUCUUGCGCAGAAGAAGAGAAUCCUUCUACUUCUGUACACUGGGAGAAGACACUUACUAUAGAAAUGUCAUGAUGCAACCCAAGGCAAGUGAAAGCAGGAACGGCUACAUGACCAUGAAGCCUUCUGAAAUGGGAAUUCUGUCUUCAGUAAACAGAAGAUCACUUAAUAAAGGUGAUACCUACAGUGAUUCAGAUACGGUCAGUGAGAUUCCGCAGGAAGAUGGUUUGACUCUGGACACUGAGGAUCUUCUCAGCUUCUCCUACCAAGUAGCCAAAGGCAUGGAUUUUCUGGCUUCCAAGAACUGCAUUCACAGAGACCUGGCAGCAAGGAACAUUCUUCUCGACCAAGGCCGAGUGGCUAAGAUCUGUGACUUUGGACUGGCUCGUGACAUCACGACUGACUCAAACUAUGUUGUCAAAGGCAAUGCACGUCUCCCGGUUAAGUGGAUGUCCCCUGAAAGCAUCUUUGAGUGUGUGUACACCUUCGAAAGUGAUGCCUGGUCUUACGGCAUUCUGCUGUGGGAGAUCUUCUCUCUCGGGAGUAGUCCUUACCCGGGAAUGCCAGUGGACUCGAAAUUCUAUAAGAUGAUCAAAGAGGGAUACCGCAUGGAGUCACCUGAAUUUGCACCAGUUGAAAUGUACGAGAUCAUGCAUUCAUGCUGGGAUGCCGAUCCCUUAAAGAGACCGUCAUUUAGCAAGAUAGUGGAGAAGAUCGAACAGCAGAUCUCGGACAGCACCAAACAUAUUUACCUAAACUUCAGCUCCAAGUUGCCAGUGGCAUCAGGACCACGUGAGGAGUCGAGUUCUCACGUCAGUCGGCUAAACUCCGUUGGCAGUCAAAGUACCAUUACUCAACCCCUGCUCUCCAAUAAUAAUGUCUUCAUUGAAGGGACGGGCCCACGUCCCCUACCAGUGUGACUAUCACGUUGCACUCAUCUACUUAGACACGGCUGAGAGUCAUUGAACAAUGGAUGUCUGGCAUACAGUACAUUGAGGACUUUGGUGGAAAACACUGAUCCAGGACCAGUCAUAUUCUUUACAUUCACCUAUUCUGCACGUUGCGUAUAUGAUGUUUUCUUCCAGAUAGGGUAACGAUGGUGUUCAUUGCUCUCAAGAUUUCAUCUUUCCUUUGAAAUGAUAGGAAAUUGUUGAUAAAGGUUGUUAUCAAUGAUGGUAUCAUUCCAUGGUACUAUAUAUCUCCAUUGUGAGUCUGCUGGAGGAUUUUGUAUAGAAUUCUUUAUAUGCGAUAUAAGUGCAAAAUACUUUUUUUUCAAAUUGUCAAGUUUUAGUGCUCGACAAAGGUCACGCGGGCUGAUUUAACCUAGAGACAAAGAAAUAUAAGCGUUCUUUGCUUCUCAUUGAAUGCAACUUUGUGGCUGUCAAGGCUGUUCACAAACUAAGCCUCAUUGUAAAUCAGAUAUUUUACUAUUAUCUAUUUUGCAGAUUAAACAUGUCAAAAGCUAUUUGAUUAGGAAAGUAUAUGUAUGUGCAGCAAUAACUAAAGGUGCACCCUUUAAAGCAUACUCACAUUGCUGCGCAGGCCAAAAAUGAGCUGCUUAUUGCAUUGUGUUUAGCACAUAGGUGAUAGUAUUUCGUCAGUUGGCAGCUGAAUCUAUUUUCUUGUCACCUCCAAAGAGUUGUCCUGUUUAAACGGUGCGAAGUUCGUUUUCCAGGGAUGGUGUUCAAAAACACUUUUUAGUUCAUUACAUCCAUCGCAAUUCAUUGUUUACUUUAAACACUCAGUGAAAUUUCGGUUACGUAGCAGUAUUAUGUUCUAGGUUUGUUACGUCCUCUCGACCAGGAAAUGUAAUUUGGGACAGCGAGGUGAUCCAGUGAAGCAUUCAUUCAACUUUAAUGAGGCAUCAAACUUUUAGACAGUGUUUUUCAGGAUCACUUUAAACAUCGUCACUCAGCUUCAUUCGCUUUGUCAAGUUAUUUUUAAAUUCAAGUAGAAACAUUUUGUAAAGAAGUCUUAUUUUACACAAAAGCAUUUUUACGAUGGCAAUGCUUCACAUUUGUUUCCAAUUCUUUGUGGUUCUUUAACCGUAAUAGUGGACUGAAGAUCAGUAGCGUUUGUAGCAUUGAUUCUUUAUUCAAAAGAAAAGGUCAAACCGAAAGAAAUGGCGUAAUAAGUUGUACAUUUGUAAAUGUUGUGCUUGUUUUGAAUAUGAAACUGUCUAUUUGUUAAGUUCUGGCAAAAACCAGCCUGAUGCUGUUGUGAUCAUCACAAAAAUAGGGUUGUUUAGAGUACAGACAGCUUUGGGAUCACGUUGUUGCUGUUUUCUUGUGAGGUUUAAGGGGUUAUUAUUUUAACCAGAUUUGACGGUUCUUUAAACUUCUACCUACCACACCAACUGUUGUGCCUAACAGAUUAUAUGUUUUCUCUGCUUGUUAGCCAAUGAGAAUCUUUGCUGUGGAAGGUUGAGCCAAUAGAAAGCUGCUGCUGUGUAGAAAUGGGUGCCAAUGGCUUCUCGCUCACUGUAGGAAUGGCCAAUGAAGGAUCUGCCAAGGGUAGAAGACAAAACAGAGAAGCUUUCUGUUGGUUAGAAUAGCCAAUAGAUUCUCAUUCUAUUAUGGAUCUGCCAAAGGGAAAGGGGCAGAUUAAUCUUCCGAAUAUGAGCUACGUACUGAGCGAUUCGGCGGACGAGUCCACAAAACCCAUAGCUUUCUAAACAUAAGUAGUCCGGGCACUCUGUCAGUGGCUCAUUUCCCAGAUCGCUCUCUCUCUGUUCUUUGUGUCCAGCUGCUUCCUCAGGCGGAUGUCUCACUUCCACAAAGUCUAAGACGGGAGAUCCGUGUCUGUCCAUCUCCAAAACCACCCCUCCUCGCAACAGUGGAACAUUGUUCCUAAUGGGCAGUUGCUUUUGAUUCCAUUAGGGCUAAUGUGUGAAUAAAUUUGUGAAAGUAUAAAUGCAGGUCAUUUGCGGUUAAAAUACCUGAACACUGAUGGGUUCCUUUCAUAAAACUACUGUCAAUGAACCUUUCAGUUCAGUCACUACAUACUACACACCAUCGCUGAUUACUCGCCUCUUGUAUGUAAAUAAUAUAUAUAAAUAUAUGUACAUGUAAAUCAUAACAUUGUCGCUUAUUUUUGUUAUAAUGGUACGGGCUCUCAUGUGCUGCAAACUGCAACUGUAUGUUACAGUUUGUCAUUUCCCGUUGAAGUUACCACAUGAACUUUCUGCCCUCGUUUUGCCUCUUGAUUCGUGCAGUUUGCUGGCACAGCAGGUACGGUUGGCUCUAUGUGCAUAUAUGUUUAAGUAUUUUCAAUAUGAUUAAUUCAUGACUGUAGAAACAUCUGCAUUUUUAAAUCAUUUCCCCCGGAAAAAAAAACUCUGUUUUAUGUAUUUUAUUGUAUAUUUAUUUUACAGUUUUUAUUUUGAAAACAAAUGUGCAAAUUGUGUGUGUGUAGCUCUUGUUGUUACAGAAUGUAAAUAAAUAACUCAAACUACAAAUAUUCCACUCAAUGAU